AUGUCGGAUUACGACAGCGAUCAAGGGAGUGAUCGCGGUGGCAGUGGCAGUGAACCUGAGGAAGAUUUAAAUCCACGAUAUCGUAAACAGGCUUCUAGCCGUAGUGCAAGUAGAAGUCGUUCUCCAAGCGGAUCUGAAGCAGAGGAAAAUAACCAUGAAGAAGAAGUUGCAGAUGAACAAGAGCCAGAAGGCGAGGAUUUAAAUUCAGAAGAUGAAUAUGAUGAAGAAGAAGAUGAAGAAGAUGAUCGUCCGGGCAAAAAGAAAAAGAAAAAUGAACGUUUUGGCGGUUUUAUUAUUGAUGAAGCUGAUGUAGACGAUGAGGUAGAAGACGAUGAUGAUUGGGAAGAUGGAGCUGGCGAAUAUGGUAUUGUUGCUAAUGAGGUUGAUGAAUUAGGACCAACUGCUAGAGAGAUUGAAGGACGCAGACGUGGAACUAACCUUUGGGAUACUCAAAAUGAAGACGAAAUUGAAGAAUACUUGCGUAAAAAAUAUGCAGAUGCAUCAGCUACAAUAAAACAUUUUGGAGAUGGAGGAGAAGAACUGGCUGAUGAAAUUACACAACAAACUCUUCUACCCGGUGUUAAGGACCCAAAUUUAUGGAUGAUCAAAUGUCGUAUUGGUGAUGAAAAAAAUACCGCUUUACUUUUGAUGAGGAAGUAUAUUGCGUACCAGUUUACUGAAGAUCCAUUAAAAAUCAAAUCAAUAGUUUCCCCUGAAGGAGUAAAGGGAUACAUAUACAUUGAAUCAUACAAACAAACCCACGUGAAAUCAGCCAUUGAAAAUGUAAGCAGUCUUAAAAUGGGAUUUUGGAAACAGCAAAUGGUUCCUAUAAAAGAAAUGACUGAUGUUUUAAAAGUUGUUAAAGUACAAACAGGCUUGAGAUCUAAACAAUGGGUUCGAUUAAAAAGAGGUUUGUACAAAGAUGACAUUGCUCAGGUAGAUUAUGUAGACUUGGCCCAAAAUCACGUACAUUUGAAACUAUUACCAAGAAUUGACUAUACCAGACCACGUGGCGCUCUCAGAGCAUCAAUGGAUGCAGAGGCUUUGAAAAGAAAGAAAAAAAGGCGCCCUGCAGCUAAACCAUUUGAUCCAGAAGCCAUCAGGGCUAUUGGUGGUGAAGUAACCAGCGAUGGUGACUUUUUAAUAUUCGAAGGAAAUCGUUACAGCCGUAAAGGAUUUUUAUACAAAAACUUCUACAUGAAUGCAAUAACAGCUGACGGAGUCAAACCUACACUGUCAGAACUUGAAAAAUUUGAAGAAGCUCCUGAAGGCAUAGAUAUAGAAUUACCAGUUUCAAAUAAAGAUAAUUCAGCAAACAGUCAGUCCUUAAGUUCUGGUGAUAAUGUGGAAGUGUGUACUGGAGAGUUGAUAAAUUUACAAGGAAAAGUGUUGUCUAUUGAUGGAGAUAUGGUCACUAUUAUGCCUAAACAUGAUGAUCUCAAAAUGCCGCUGGAAUUUAUGGCAAAUGAAUUACGCAAAUUUUUUAAACAAGGUGACCAUGUAAGAGUAGUAGGAGGACGUUAUGAGGGUGAUACUGGACUUAUUGUUCGAGUAGAACAAAAUCGAAUUGUGUUAUUUUCUGAUGUCACCAUGCACGAACUCGAAGUAUUACCUCGUGAUUUGCAAUUGUGUUCGGACAUGGCUUCUGGAGUUGAUUCACUUGGACAAUUCCAAUGGGGAGACCUUGUACAAUUAGAUCCACAAAAUGUUGGAGUGAUAGUGAGAAUUGAGCGUGAAAAAAUGCAUAUUUUGAAUAUGGCAGGAAAGUUGGUUGAAGCUAAACCACAAUCUUUAAAUAAAAAAAAAGAGCAUAGAAAUACAAUUGGAGUUGAUGCUUUAGGAAGUUCAAUACAAAGAAAAGAUAUCGUUAAAGUUAUUGAUGGUCCACACACGGGGAUGCAUGGUGAAAUAAAACAUCUGUAUCGUCAUCAUGCCUUUUUGUAUUCCCGUUUAAUGACAGAUAAUGGAGGAAUUUUUGUUUGUCGAUUACGACACAUUGCCCUAGCUGGAAAUUCAACUAAUAAACAAGCGAUAACUGCACCUCAAAAUGGUUUUGCAUCUCCUCAAAUUACAUCUCCUCGCCAUACACCUGGUAGUCCAUUCGGUGCUGGUGGGGGUGGAAGUGGGGGAGGUGGUGGUGGCCGUGGCGGAGGAGGAUCAGGAGGUAGAUUUGGAGGUGUUCGAAGAGACAGAGAUUUAAUUGGUCAGACAAUUAGAAUUACGGGUGGCCCGUACAAAGGUGCUGUUGGCAUGGUCAAAGACGCAACCGAGUGUACAGCUAGAGUUGAACUUCAUUCUUCUUGUCAAACAAUAUCUGUGGAUCGAAGAAAUAUAACAAUUGUUGGACAACCAUCUAAGGAUGGAAGAUUAACAUCAUCAUACUCUAGAACACCAGCUAAUGUGAUGAUGACUCCUGGAUAUCGCGAAGGAGGCAAGACUCCUAUUCAAGGUUCAAUGACACCCAACUAUGAAGUUGGUAAUCGUACACCACACUUUGGAAGCAUGACUCCAUCUCAUGAUGGUUCUAAAACACCUACUCAAGCUUGGGAUCCUGCUGCUGGGUAUACUCCUGCUCGAGUAACUGACAGUGAUUUAGAAUAUCCAAUGGACCCUGGUACUCCUUAUGCACAAACUCCAAAUACAUUAUAUGGUUCUUCAGAUCAUUCUUACUCACCAUAUCAAGCAAUAUCGCCAUCAGGGGGUGGUGGAUAUAACAGUAGUAAUUCAUAUGCAAACACUCCAAGUCCAAUCAAUACUUCCAGCCCUCGUAGCAUCCAGUAUCACCCAGCCCCAUCCCCAUCAGGUUCUUAUGCAAGUUUAAUGACUCCAUCAUCAGUGUCAUCUCCAGGAUUAGCAGCUCCUUCAUUAACAUCGUUUGGUUUACCACCAGGAUGGCAAACUACAGAUAUUUUUGUUCGUAUUGCUGAUUCAGAUUUGGCAGGACAAACUGGUAUUAUAAGAGAUGUUAGUGAAGCCACAUGCAGUGUUUAUUUGCCUGAAGAAGAACGUGUGGUCACUAUUGAAAAUGAUAAUUUGGAACCUAUUAUGCCGAAACCCAGCGAUUAUGUGAAAGUUUUAUGUGGUUCAUACAGAGACAGAACAGGAAAUAUGAUGGCGAUUGAAGGUAGUGAAGGUGUUGUAGUAAUGCCAGAUGAAAAAAACCCUAUACUUAUACCGCUGUUGCAUCUGUGCAGAGCAAAUUAGUUUAUUAAAGAUUGGAAACAUACAUUUUUUUUUUAAAGUUACGUGUGGCUUUUAGUACUAUAUUAGAAUACUUGAAUAUUGAGUACUUAUAAUAAUAAGUUGUGAAUUAUUUUACUUAAGAAAAGGAUACCCCUAUUGAAUGUACCCAUUUAAAUUUUUUAAUUUUAAUUAUUGAUAUUAUUGAACUAUAUUAAUUUUGAUAAUUAUUAUUGUAGUAUACAAAUCAUAUUUAGAGCCGUUCUUACAAUGUCCGGUUAAGUGUUGGUUAACACUAACCGGCAGUUAGUCUAAUAUGUUUCUUACCAAAUGAUCAUCGACA